ACACCGUGACGUCACUACAAACAAUGGCAACCAGCGGCACAGCUGUAACGGUUCUGACUCCAAAUGGGAGAAGACAAACAGUUAAAGUGGCUCCGAACACGCCGUUAUUACAGGUGCUGGAGGACGUCUGCAAAAAGCACGGAUUUAACCCCGACGAGCACGGGUUGAAGUUUCAGAGGACUGUUCUUGACCUCACGCUGCCAUGGAGGUUUGCCAACCUGCCAAACAACGCAAAACUGGAAAUGGUGACAAGCAUGAGGAAACAAGGUGCAACGGACAGCCAGGUGCGGAUUGCUCUCCAGAUGGAGGACGGCUCUCGGCUCCAGGGUUCCUUCUCCUCUGGAUUGAAUCUUUGGGAAGUGCUCACACAUUUCCCCCAGAUCAGCGUGUCGGAGCUGUCUGAAUCAGGAUCCACUCCUGUGUGUGUUUACAUGAGAGACGAGGUGAGCGGGGAAGAAGCACUAAAGAAGGCCACUCUGAAGUCUCUGGGUCUUACAGGUGGAAGUGCCAUUGUCAGAUUUUUACUCAAGAAGGACAAAACACCAGGAGAGGAAGAUGAACCUGAAACAGCUGCUAUGCCAACCACACCUGUUGCCAAGGAAACCACGCCUAGCGUAUCGCCUCAGCCUGAUCCCGCUCCAUCACGUCCAGAGCCGUCAGACACAACUGUGCCAAUCAAAAAUCCAAGCCCUGAUUCGCCAAUGGAAACCGUACCUGCACCACUUCCCGUGAAGGCCACGGAUACAACUCCUGUUCAGCAGGAAGACGUUCCGAACUCCCAGGAUGCAGUUCGGCCUAAAGUCCCUCCCACAGGAAGACAAACACCAGAGGCAGAUGGAGAGGAAGCGGGGCCUUCAGGACUGAACUGUCACCCAUCUCCUUCUGCUCCCUCGGCUCCAUUCAUUCCUUUUUCUGGGGGUGGUCAGCGUCUUGGGGGUCCGGGAGGUGGAGCAGUUGGCCGCUCGCUGUCUUCAUCGUCAUCAUCAUCGCUGUCAGCUCUGACUGCUGCAGUAGAAUCACCCAAAGCCAAGAAAGCCAAAUCCAGCCGCAGUUCAAGCAGCAAGUGUAAAGCCACUGCCAACCUGACAGACAAUGACAUGGAUCAUGGAGAAGAGUUCUUGGAGCCGGUGGAGAGGGAGCCUCUUAUCUACCACUUGGACUCGAUGUCCCAUCACUCUGAGGACCUGGGGGAUCUGCCCGACGAGUUCUUCGAGGUGACCGUGGAUGACAUCCGGAAACGAUUCGCCCAGCUGAAGAGUGAGAGGAAGUUACUGGAGGAGAGUCCGCUUAUGACCAAAUCUCUGAGAGAAGCACAGAUGAAAGAGAAGAUGGAUAGAUAUCCCAAAGUGGUCCUGAGGGUCCAGUUUCCAGACAGACAUGUUCUACAGGGUUUCUUCAGGCCUCUGGAGACAGUUGGCGCUGUGAGGCAGUUUGUGAGGAGUCACUUGGAGGAUCCUCAGCUUAGUUUCUACCUGUUCAUCACCCCUCCAAAAACUAUCCUGAGCGACUCUUCAGCUACACUAUUCCAGGCCGACCUGUUUCCUGGCGCAUUAGUGUACUUUGGCUCCGAUGUAAAAACAGAUUUUUACAUAAAGGGAGAACUGCUUGAAUCUUCUGUCUCGGCCUUUCAAGCAAAUGAGUCCAUUGCGAGCUGCAUGCUUCGGUCCCAGACGCCCCCCUCCAGCUCUGCGGGCUUCAAGGAGCCGCUGCCGCCCGUCCAGGAGCCCACAGCAAACACCAGCGGAUCCACACAAGACGAGCCAGAUCCGUCUGCACAAACCCAGGCUGCUAAACCCACCAGAUCUGACCCAGGGAAGGUGCCAAAGUGGCUCAAACUUCCAGGUAAGAAAUAGGACUUGUGCUGUGUGUGGAUGGAGGAAUGACCACGACAGACUGACGCACUUAAAUCUUAGCUAUGCUUCACUUAGAGGCUCAACUUUGGUGACCGCAGUGGACUUAUUCCGUCGUGGAGGAUGCCUACACUUACCUAGAUCUUGAAACGGUCAAAAUUAUGAGAUACACAGUGGAAUUACUGAAUUGCUGAAAAGAAUGCUGUGUUUUAUUCUAGCUGAUUGCUGGAAAGAGAAAGUGCUUAAGUGAAAAUGUAGUGUAAAGUGAAUAAACAUUGUUGUAUUAAAAGUG